UUCGUGAUUUCCAGGAGAAUCUUACUCUCACAAAACACGGCGCGCCGCUUUUAAAGGGACAGAUGGUCUAAACCUCGUGAUGUUUCGUAAAGAACAACAUAGCAACGCUUUCCAUCGCUUCCGCAUUGACUGCUCUAGUCUCUGUCAAUGCGGGAGCAUGUAUAACUCUAACUGUGCCAUUGCCCACAAACGACUUAGACCAACGCGGAUCAUACGAUGUAUAUACAUGGUGGGAUUCAUGGACCUCUUUGGGGUCAGUAUGAUUAUCCCUUUGCUGAGUCAUCAUGUGAAAUCACUAGGAGCAAGUCCUACAGUGGCUGGGAUUGUAGGAUCUACAUAUGGAGUAUUACAACUCUUCUCUAGCACUGUGGUGGGAAGUUGGAGUGAUGUGGUAGGCAGACGCUAUUCACUACUAACAUGUCUUUUGCUCAGUGGCUUUGGAUAUGGCCUGCUGGGUCUGUCCACGAGUAUUGCGCUCUUUGUGCUGGCCAGGAUACCAGUGGGGCUCUUUAAACACUCCCUGUCUAUCUGCCGAGCGCUCCUGUCAGAUCUUGUGUUGGAGAAAGAGCGGCCUCUAGUGAUGGGCCACUUUAAUGCAGCCUCAAGCGUGGGAUUCAUCCUGGGACCAGUGGUGGGUGGAUAUCUCACUGAACAUGAGGGCGGUUUUUACUUAUCCUCAUUCGUCUGUGCAGCCAUUUUCCUUCUAAAUGCAGGUUUGGUCUGGAUGUUACCUUGGAGUGAGACGCUAAAUCACCGUAUUGAUGCAAACGCUAACAGUAAAACCAAACCCAGCAAAUCCUACGAUGAGUUAAAGAACUCAGUCCAGCAAAACUGCUCAGACAAAAACCACGUUUGCCAUACUAAUGCAUCAGCAGUCCGCAGUCAAACAAAUGGAGGCUGGGGCUGGAGAGACAUGUCUGUCGUCCAGCCUGCCUGGAGACAGCUGACCUCAGUGUGGAUACGGAUCCGCAUGGUGGCUUCCUCCGAUAUGUGGGACGUGUUCCUGGUGCGUCUUCUAAUGGCUGUAUCCAUAAUGCUGUACUACAGUAACUUCUCCUUAGCCAUGGAGGAGCGUUUUCAGCUCAAACCAAAGGUGACGGGCUAUUUGAUCAGCUACAGCAGUAUGUUGGGGGCCCUUGCUGGCUGUUUGGUGGGACCCGUCACACACCUUUAUGGCAACAACAUGUCUGCUUUAUUGUUACACUCUACUGCACUCACCUGCACGUUGAUCUUCCUGUAUGCCACGGCACCCAACGUCUGGCAGGUCCUGCUCACUUCCACGUUCUUUGCCAUCUCUACCACUAUCGGACGCACUUGCAUCACUGACUUAGAGCUGCAGCGUGGGGGAGCCCAAGCUAGCGGGACGUUAAUCGGAGCGGGACAGUCGGUCACAGCUGUGGGACGGGUCCUUGCACCACUGCUGUCUGGUCUGGCUCAAGAAGUCAGCCCCUGUGGACCUCCUAGUUUGGGGGGUGUGCUGGGACUGGUAGCUGUGGGUUUGCUAUUCGUGAGGACUCCUAAGUGGGACAGCAAGACAAAGGUUAAAGACAAGAGUCCCAAACAAUGAGGUGAAAACCACUCAAAGUGACAGAAAGACGAAAGAUUGUGACGGCAGCUGUCUUUUAUCCUCUCAGGUGAUGUGAUGAAUUUUUUGGAGAAUGUGGGAGUUUGGAUCCUUUUACCAGCUAAUAAAUGUCUCAACGUCAGUGUGAGACGCCCAUUGGUAAGGCUGCUUUCUGUGCCGUCAUGCUGAAAGAGAGCAAGUGCCUGUGCAUAUGCAGAUUUGACCGAGUCUGAAGUUUAUAUCAGAACAUUUAGCUGUUUAGUGGUUCAACACCAGUGGCAAAACUAGCACCAGACGUGGGACAUUCAUUGUUGAAAGACUUUUAUUUGUUAUAUAAAAGUGAUUUAUGUGUUGAUUUUUAUGUUUCCUGGCCAAAUUUCUGACUAUAAGUCAUAUAGACAAGAAAGAUAAUGCUGAUAUGCUUCCAAGAAAACUGUUUAACAUUUUGGGCAGGAGAAAUGUAACUUUGUGAUUGAGUUUUACCUCACUGUGGCAUUGAUACUCAUUUAACCACUAUUUAUCAUUGGUGCACUUCAUAAUACUCAUGUCCUUCAGUGUUUUGAAAUUAAAAGUCAUACAGUUGUUGACCCAAAGGCUAGCAAUAAUGUUUUUAAUAAAACUGUACAAAAAAACUUGAGUAUAGGACA